AUGGAUGAUGACUUUGACCUGAAGGCUGGACCUGAGGGGCCUGCAAAGGCCGUGGUGAAGGACAAGCUUGCAGAGGCACAAGGCAAGCUUGGAGGAAAGACUGACUUUGACCCCGGCGACAGAUUCCGAAAGGGCGAGGAUGAAAAUCCUUUCAAGCGGCCGCAGGCUCAGGAGCGCCUGACAGCUGUGCUGGACCCAGAACACCACUCCAGCAAAGAGCCUGGAGAGAUGCCCCAGGAAGCCAUAGUGGCACUGCACAGCAACCAGGUGUACGACACUCACAUCCCAAAGCGCCACUGA